GUUUUAAGUGCAGGGCCAGCAGACAGACAACUGUUCGACCAGGCACGUCGUCAUGAUGGCGGCCUUCUGUACAGCGCUGAUCCUCACAGCGGUCCACUACACCACAGGAGUAACAGUGUCGCCAGGCUCAUACACCACGGUGACCGGCUUCGUGGGAGAGACCGUCAUCCUCCCGGCCAGUCACGGGCAGAACUACACCGUCUUCGCCGAGACCUGGAACAAGAUGAUCGGGGGGGUCCACGGGGUCAGGCAGGCCGUGUUCAUGUUCUCUCCCGUCACCAACACCACCAUGUCCCUGGGACCGCUCAAGGGACGAGCCGAGCUGGGGACCAGGGGGUCACUGAAGGUCACCGACGUCAGACGGGAGGACGAGGGGCUGUACGUCCUGACCAGUCUGCUCGAUGUGAUUGGUCAAGAGGAAUACUACGUCAUCUUGAGAGUACUGUCAAGACCAGGUGUAAAGAUUGACUCCAAGAAGACAGUGGUGGCAGUGGAGGGGUCCAACGUCGUGUUAAACUGCUCAGUCAACGACAGCAGCACACUCAUUCAUCCGCCAUCUUGGAAACAAGAUGGCCACAAGGUGCGAGGCAGUCACGUGGUGACUGGGAACGUGAUUCGGGGCAAAGGUUACGUGUCCCGUCUCGUUCUCUACGCCGUGAAGAGGAACCAGGGAGGAAACUACACCUGCCAGGCCUUACACCGGCACGGAAGGGAGUCAGAUUUCGUUCAACUGGAAAUAAAUUACCCUGGAAGAGUCAUAAAUGUGACCAACGUCAGCACCGAUAGGAACACAGUGGCUCUUCGGUGCUUGGCGGAGGGUAAGCCCGCCCCGAGCCUGGCCUGGUACCGGUCAGGGUUCCCUCAAGCCAUCCGGUCUCACCAGGGAGCCGAGAAGAUCGAGCAACUCGUCCUGACCAUCCCCAAGUUUCAUCGGAACCAGAGCGGGGAGUAUUCCUGCGUUGCUGGCAACGGCAUCGGCGGGCCCCACUCCACAGCCGUGUACGUAUCGUUCGUCCCCCGCCAACAGAUGAGGAAACCAACGCCCGGAAAAAACAGACAAGGCUCUGUGCUUGUCUGGGAAAACCAGCUCCUCCGUGUCAUCGUGUUCUCCGGCAUCGCGGCCUCCUCCGCCUGCCUGCUGCUGGUGAUACUGCUGACCGCCCUGGUGCUCUAUCGGGGCCGGCAGAGGACUCGAGCAGAGCGGGACAACACUGAUCCUCAGGCGGCUUCUGAAGCGCCCAAGAUGCCGACAGAGACAAAUCCCGACGACUGCAAGAGACCGGAUGUUUGGCACACCCCGAGCAUUAAGUCCAUCCCUGCAACCAUGUGUAGGUCGCAUAAAGCAGCCAACUUAAGUAAGUCCUACGUUUUGUUUCGCCCGAAGCCGAAUGUGGCGCCUCAUGCUCGCUGUUUAUCNNNGAACGACACCGUCCAGGUUCUGAAGGCCAGUUCCUCCGGGUGGUUCUACGGCACCAGCGACGGCAAAAUGGGCGCGUUCCCCGGGGCUUGUCUGGACAUCACCAACCGUAGCUACUGUAACGGCACGGCCUGUCACAACGGGGAGGCCGCAGAAACAUCGGAGCACGGCCGGGGGCAGGACAGACCUGACGGCCAGGAGCACGCUCCUCAACACCGCGGCUGCAGCAACAAAGAGAACAUCGACACACACCACUCCAGCCCGGACACAGAGAAAGAAUACUUCGUCAUUCCACUACAGAGACAGUCGUCCGAAAUGUCGGAGGAGAAGGCGUGUAACUGCCUGGAGUGCAGAGGAAGCGGCUGCUGCGACGAGGACAAACGGGAAGCAGCAAAACUGAGAGAGCGAAACCAUGUGCCAGACUAACGGUCUACAUCGCAUGUAAAUAUCCUGCAGAAUUAAAUUCCUACGAUAUGUAUGAUAAAGGGAAUAUGGCUUUCUAUUUUGUAAUGUGAAAAUCGUUGGACCAUAUCUGAAGGUCUACAGUGUAAUGUGGUCAGGUCACGCGCAAGCACCUUACUUCAAUGCAUCUUAAAAAUG